GAAUAUAUCGAAAUGUGGAAACAUCAAUGGAGAAAAUGCAAACAGCAUAACAAACUAAUUACACAAGAAGAUAUUAAGGACCUUCUCGCUCUCCCCUCCCCUCAGAGGGUAUUGAGGCAACAAAAUUGACAGAAAUUUUCAAUAUGUUUAAGACACAGCCAGAAAACUUUACAAGAAAGAAUAGAAGUCUAUGACUGAAUAGAUCAAAGAAAUUGCGAAGCGGAUC